CCAACACUAAUAUCAAAUAUGCCGCAAGGCCUCAAACUAAGCGAAAUAAAGGCAAAAGUUAAUAAUGUCAUUGACAAUUUACAAUUAUUGGAAGCGGCAAGCAAUGCGUCACCAAACGGUUUCGAUUUGGAGCAAUCUCGCCAAUUGGAAAGACAAACCACAAAUUUAUUAGCGGAACUAUCAGAAAUACCCUGCGAGAAACUAGCUCGGACUCAAUUGCAGCGUAAACAAAGACGCCAAAGGACCAAAAAGAAGCUCAAGCGGCAAAUAAAGCUCAAUAGGCCCAUUUCCAAAUCAGCUAAAGUAACCGAAUCACUACCCACAGUGAAUGCCGCCGAUGAGGAAAACUUGAAAGCUCCUAAGCAAGCCGAACAUAUAACGCUAAAAAAACAUCACGAUUCGUCCAACAUUCUGUACACAUUAGACUUGCUGGAGAGAUUGUACAAGGCGCGUGGCGGCAAGGGCAACUUGAGUGAAAAACUAGUCAGAAUGCGAACAGUUUGGCGGCGUGUGCAGCAGGAGAGCAUUAAUGCGAUCAAUCAAGAAAUGCCCACCAACUGUGAGGCGCAAUGGUCCAAAGCUAUAUUUGGAAUCUCUUCAGUACUCUUAAAACAGGGAUCAUUAAAGAGUCGACGCAAUAUACAUAAUCCGCAAUUUGUGGAAUGGCGUGCAAUAUGGGACUCGUAUAUAAGCUCAGGCAAAGUUGGCAGCAGCAUACCACACGGAUGGGUAUUGCCUGGGGAAAAGCCAUCAGCUGAUUGGGCCAAAUACUUGUGCGAAUAA